AUGCAAAAGAAGGUAAGAAAGAGGCUUCAAUUGGCAGUUAUCGCGGGACGCCCUUCUUUCUGUGGAUGCACCGCAGUUUCGGCCUCAUUUGCGAUCAAACUAUGGGACGUGACAGCUCGACGACAAGCUGUCUGCACAAUAGAUAUUGUAGCGUUCUUGAGGAGUGAGUGUGAAGCAACCUUCCGCCACUUGGCGUCCGUCUCGGAGUGGCAAGAGUCAGUCUUUCGACGAGAAACCCAUCACAACGUGGCCACUUCAGAGCUCCAGUUGCCAACCGAGGCGUAG